CUCUCACUCGUCCUCGAGCGCGUCGCGUCCCCAUAUAGUCGUCGCGCUAUUAUUAUUAUUAUUAUCAUCAUCAUUAGUAGUGUAGUAGUAAUAUUAUCGUUACUGUUUUAUUAUUUUUAGUUGGCGUUUACGGUUUUAGAAAGCAACAGUCGUGCAGUUGUCGUGAUGGUGGACUCCGGGCACCCGGACGAGUGCAGGUACGGUUAUCGGCUUUCGUACCUAUCGUGGACCGGAAAAUCGUCGUAAAAACAUGAAGACCGCCCGGGUCGGUCAGCGUGCCCCGAACGGAUAUUGCCCACGACAAGACGGAACGACCGCGACCGCGGCACCGUUCCGAUAACUCUCGAGUUUCAUACUAAAUUCUAUACGAAACCGAUAAUAGUGUCUAUCGUUGUUCGGCGCGUAGAUCACGUCGGUGCCGAAGAUCAAUCGGAAGUCCUAAACACAUUUAAAGUAAACAAAACCGAAAGCACCAGCAGCGAUGGCGUCGUUGAUAUCCGGUGCCAUCAACAGCGCCGCUUGGACUGGGGCUGGCAUGAUACCCGUGUUCGUCGUCGGACUGGCGUACCUCCGGUAUUCGAUGUACGACCCCGAGUCGCGGGUGAUAGACGUUCAGGAGGUGCUGGACGAAUACGAUUUCAUAGUGGUGGGCGCUGGCUCAGCCGGGGCCGUCGUGGCCAACAGACUGUCGGAAAUGCAAAACUGGACGGUGUUGGUGUUGGAGGCCGGCGGCGACGAGACGGAGAUAUCGGACGUGCCGUCGUUCGUCGGCUAUCUGCAGCUGUCUGACAUGGACUGGCAGUACAAGACGGCACCGCCGUCCAGCGACAACCCGUACUGCUUGGCCAUGGUGCACGAUCGGUGCAACUGGCCCCGCGGCAAAGUUCUGGGCGGCUCGAGCGUCCUGAACGCCAUGGUGUACGUGCGCGGCAACCGACGGGACUACGACCAGUGGGCCGCGGCCGGCAAUCCCGGGUGGUCGUACGCGGACGUCCUGCCGUACUUCCUCAAGUCCGAGGACAACCGGAACCCGUACCUGGCCCGGACCAAGUACCACAGGCGCGGCGGUUACCUGACGGUGUCGGAGGCGCCGUGGCGGACGCCGCUCGCCACCGCGUUCGUGUCGGCCGGUGAGGAGUUGGGUUACGCGAAUCGCGACAUCAACGGCCAGUACCAGAACGGGUUUAUGCUCACGCAGACCACCACCCGCCGGGGCAGCCGGUGCAGUACUGCCAAAGCGUUCCUCCGGCCGAUCCGAUUGCGGCCCAACAUUCACGUGUCGCUCCGCAGUCAGGUGACCCGCGUGCAUUUCUCCGGCAGCGGCGGCGGCGGCGGCGCCGGCAAGCUCCGGGCCACCGGCGUCACGUACCUGCGGGACGGCAAGCGGCGCACGGUCACCGCCCGGAAGGAAGUGAUCCUGUCGGCAGGAGCCAUCGGGUCGCCGCAGCUGCUCAUGGUGUCCGGCGUGGGGCCGGCCGAUCACCUCACCGAACUGGGCAUCAAGCCGCUCGUCGACCUGAAAGUGGGACACAACCUUCAGGACCACGUGGGCCUGGGCGGGUUGACGUUCCUCAUCGACGACCCGAUCACGUUCAAAAAGUCCAGGUUCACCACCGCGUCCGUCGCGCUCGACUACAUAAUGAACGAGCGGGGCCCGCUGACGUCCAGCGGAGUCGAGGGCCUGGCGUUCGUCAACACCAAGUACGCGGAAUCGUCGGGCGAGUUCCCGGACAUACAGUUCCAUUUCGCCCCGAGUUCCGUUAACUCGGACGGCGAUCAGAUCCGGAAGAUCACCGGGCUCCGGGACGCCGUGUACAACACGGUGUACAAGCCGCUGGUGAACGCCGAGACUUGGACGCUGUUGCCGCUGCUGCUGCGCCCCAAGAGCUCCGGAUGGGUGCGGCUCAAGACCAAGAACCCGCUGGCGCAUCCGGUCAUCGAGCCCAACUAUUUCGCGCACAGGGACGACGUCCGGGUGCUGGUGGACGGCAUCAGGAUCGCGUUCAACGUGUCCAACACGGCUGCGUUCCGCAAAUACAACUCCAGGCCGCUGCUGACGCCCAUGCCGGGCUGCAAGAAGUUCGAGCUGUUCAGCGACGAUUACUGGGAAUGCGCUCUCCGGCACUUCACGUUCACCAUUUACCAUCCGGCGGGCACGUGCAAGAUGGGCCCGGACACGGAUCCCGACGCGGUGGUCGACCACCGGUUGCGCGUGCGCGGCGUCGACGGGCUCCGAGUGAUCGACGCUUCGAUCAUGCCGAACAUCGUCAGCGGCAAUCCCAACGCGCCGGUCAUCAUGAUCGGUGAGAAAGGUGCGGACAUGAUCAAAGAAGACUGGUCGUCGUAGUCGUCCGAGAACAGACUGUCGUCCGACGCCAAUGGCGUGGCGGUGACCGUCUUCCGUUGCGUGUUUUCUUCGGCUUUUCCGAUUUCGGAAUGUGAUUUCCAUGUUUUUUUAUUAUUAGUAUUAUUAUUGUUGUUAUUGUUUUUGUUGUUGUUUUUGUUAUUGAUGUUGCUCAAUCGUAUUUAUUUUUAUUUAUAAUUUGUAUUAAAUAUUUGGACUAUCCAUCGUCUGAAUGGUUUAAAUAUAUUAUGUUCAUAUUAUUCUCUAUGCAAAUACAUAUUAUAUAACGCAUCUACAUAAUUAUGUCAAGUAACUCGUGUUUAGAGAAAAAUAUCGUUACGUCAGAAGAUUCAAACCGACAAAUUACUUCACUAUAGUUUUUUUAUCACGUUCUAUUAAACAAAAGUGCAUUAUUAUUAUCGUAUGCAUUACGAAUAAUAUUUUGAAGGUGAUUUAUGUGCGGAAACCUUAAAGGGAAAAAAAUAUUUCCAUUGAAUAAUUUAAUUUCUCUCGAUGUAUCUAUUAAUUAUUUAAUAAUUAAAAUGUAAUAAGAUGAAUUUCAUACUUCAACAGUGAGAUAAUAAUAUAUAAUAU